AUGGCGCUCCUCCCGUUCGGCGAGGAGGUGGAGUGGUACAGUGACCUGGCCCCCGGCCAGUACGUGGCCAUGGAGUACGAAGGCGACGACGUAGAUCACGAAAGGAUCCUGCUCCAUCCUCUCGGCGGCGGAGUUUGGUGGAUUCGAACACCAGACGGCGAUGAGUACUUCCAGGACGUGGCCUGCCAGGACGCGUCGGACGGCCCAGUGCGCUGCCGCUUGCUGCCCGCCGACGGCUCGCUGCCGCCUGGGGCCAGAGGCCGAGGGCGGCGUAAGCUGUACCGCUUCGCGGAGCGGGUCGGGGCCUUGGAGCUGCGAGAGGGCAUCCUGCGGGGCCGUAAGGCUUGUGAGGCGGAGUGCCGCCCUGGCCAGCGUCCCGUGGUGCCCGAGCGCGUGCAGGAGCCCGCUGGCGAGCUGAUGCUGAUCGAGCGUUUCUUCGGUGGCAGCUUCCCACCCGUGCCGGGAGUGAGGCUUCGAGGCAAGAAGCCGCUGACCGCGGCUCUGGUCGCGCGGCCCAGGCCCGGGGUGACCCCUGGCGGUACGGCCACGCCCGAGGCUUCGGAGGCAGAGGAGCCUGCGGCUGACGUGCUGCCGCUGCUUGCUGGGCACGCUUGGGCGCUGGCGGAGCCCGUCCCUUCCGCUGCCAUCGGCAGCGAAGUGGACAUCCGCAAGUCGACGUUCGUUGGCGCGUCGGACACCUCGGGGCUGAUCUUCGUGGACGACGGCUUCGCCAGGGUGAGGCGAAUGCCAGUCGAGGACGUGCCCGAGUAUGCCGACACUCGUACCGCCGAGUUGCGCCGUCGCCUGGGGCUGCCAGGAGCGGGCGCCGAGGCGGACCUUCGUGACCGCCUGGCUCGCCCGCCGCUGCCGCCGCCCGCCGAGGCGCCCGCCCAGGUUGGGGAGGCCGCCGCGGGGCCGAUCAAAAGUGAGGAUGUCAGGCUGCUGGCGGUGGACUUCGACGGCCAGGGCGAGCGCUUCAAGCCUUGGCGUGAGGCGGUGCAUGAAAGUAGCCAGGAGGAGUUCAGUGACCAGCCGAUGGAUGCUCCCCCGAGUGCGCUCACUACUUGUAAGAGUAUGCUGAGGGUGGGCAGCGAUCCGAGGCUCUGGCUACGUGAGUACCUUCGAGAGAAGGGGCUGGCCAGCACGGACCGCGUCGCCCACGAGCUACGUUGUGUAUGCGAGGCUUUGUGCAUGGCGGGCUGCUACGACCAGGUGAAUCUGGGCGGUCUGAUGGCGCUGGAAGUUUUGCGUAAGCGACUGGCGGGCAUCGUGGCGGCGCGCGCUAAUCCACAACGCGCGCAGUGGGAGGUGGCGAAGUACUACACGGGCGUGCAGUCGGCCGAGGACAUUGCUGGCCCAGUGCGGCGGGCCCACGUAGCGCGCAAGAUGCGCGAGGAUCGAGAAGGCCUGCAGGCGCUGCGCGGCGCCCCCUCGGGCGCGCCAGAGGGCGACUUCGGCGCUGGUGGCGGCGGUGGCGCUGGCAGGGGCGCUGGAGGCGAGGACAAGGGAGGCGGGGACGGUCGUGGGCGCGGUGACGGCGGCAGAGGAAUGGCGAAUGACGCGCUGGAAGCACUGAGCUGGAUGGCGGGCUGGAAGGAGUUUUUGUGGGCGGAUCGCGGCCCGGGCGUGCUACCCGACGAUGUGCAGGUGGACGCCCAGCGGAGGGUGUAUGAGUUGGUCGACAGCUGGCACCCGCGCCCUCCGCAACUCAGCGACGAGGCGGCUCUCCAGAAGUUGCUUCAAGGACAUUCCCCGUAUCAGGCGGCGGGCUGUCCGACAAGGGUCACGUCCUUCAAGCUCGACCUUCUGAGCCUCCCAGGUUCUGUUCGAGGGUGUCCGCUGAUAACCGACGUGGCGCCCUCUGAGGUCAUUGGAUUUCUGGGGGACUAUCGUGGGCGUAUGUUGGCGCCGCCUGUUGAGAAGUAUGAGACGAUUCCCUACUUUGAUCCAAAGCUACGUUUCAAUCAGGAAGAAUAUCAUCGGCUCCUCCGUCGUCUGACAGACAUCGGCAAAAUUACUUGGACCAGCUCGCCUAAAUGUCGGGGAGGCCUCUUCACGGUGGAGAGGGGCGGCGGCGCGGCCCAGAGGCUGAUUGUCGACGCCAGGCGGGCCAACGAGUGGUUCCAGGCGCCGCCUGAAGUCGCCCUCUUGAGCUCGGAGGGGCUGUCGAGGAUAGAGGUGGAGCUGCCGGCUGACGCGCCGCUGGGGCCCGAGCAGGCCGCCAAGCUGUUGGGGGAUUUUUACCUUUCGAUCGGCCUCCUCGGAUGCGUCUAA